UGUGUGUGUUUAUGUGUCCGUCCCCUCUCUUCAUUUCCUGAAUCCCGCUCCUCUGAUUCACAGCGACAUGGGAGACAAUCGCACUCCAAUGAGCUGAAACCUGCGACAUGACGAGAGAAGCUCAGCUCCGGCCCGCCGCGUUCUGACGACAUCCACCAAUGGGCUGAGGGCGUGGGCGGGACAAGGAUGAGUGCCAGGCUGCUAUUGGAGGAGAUGCUCAUCAAGCGUUCGCAGCAGAAGAAGAGGACGUCGCCGCUGAACUACAAGGAGAGACUGUUCGUCCUCACACAGAGCCAGCUGACGUACUACGAUGGAAGACGAGAGAGGAAGUUCAGGAGAGGUUCGAUCGAGCUGAGCCGCAUCAGAUGUGCCGAGAUCGUCAAGAACGGAGGAGAAAUCAUCCCCUGCCAGAACAAAUACCCCUUUCAGGUGGUGUACGACACCAACACCCUCUACGUGUUCGCCCCGAGCCACGACAGCAGAAGUCUCUGGGUCCAGAGCCUCAAAGGGGAGAUCAAAGACAACGCUGUGGUGUCGGCCAAGUUUCACCCUCAGUUCUGGCAGGAAGGGGCGUGGCUCUGCUGUCGCCAGGUGGAAAAACAGGCCCCGGGCUGCGAGGAGUACAACCUGUUUGGAGACAUUUCCAGGAAACCUUUACCUCCGAUUCCUAGAGAGGAGCGAAGCAAAAACAAGAAGCAGCGGCGACCCCCUCCUCCUCUCCCUCCGGAGAGUGACGAUGACGACGACGACAAGGAGGAAGAGGAGGAGGUGAUGGUGGCGCUGUACGACUUCCCGGGUACCGAGCCGCACGACCUGAGUCUGGUCAAAGGAGGAGAGUACGUCAUACUGGACAAGUGUGACGUCAACUGGUACAAGGCGCGAAACCAGUUCAGCGAGGAAGGCUACAUCCCAAGUAACUACGUAACAGAGAAGACGUCUGCAAACCUGGUGCAGUUUGUCUGGUUCAGCAAACAAGUCAACAGGAACAAAGCCGAGGAGCUGCUGAGGAAAGAGGACACAGAAGGAGCCUUCAUAGUCAGAGACUCCAGCACUCCAGGAACCUACACCGUGUCCCUCUACGCCAAGUCUGCUCCAGGGGAGGGAGGAGCAGCUAUAAAACAUUACCACAUCAAGGAGUCACAAGGCUCGCCUCUACACUUCUACCUGGCGGAGAAACACCUGUUCAGCUCCAUCCCCGAACUGAUCGAGUACCACAAACACAACGCAGCAGGUCUUGUUGCCAGGUUGAGGUAUCCUGUAGGGAAACAGGACAAGUCUGCUCCGUCCACCGCCGGCUUCAGCUACGAGAAGUGGGAGAUCAACCGCAGUGAGUUGACGUUCAUGAAGGACCUGGGCAGCGGUCAGUUUGGCGUGGUGAGGCUCGGGAAGUGGAGGGCUCAGCACCGAGUCGCCAUCAAGGCCAUCAGAGAGGGAGCCAUGUACGAGGAGGACUUCAUCGAGGAGGCUAAAAUCAUGAUGAGACUAUCCCACCCUAAACUGGUGCAGCUGUACGGAGUUUGCAGCCAGCAGAAGCCCAUUUACAUCGUGACGGAGUUCAUGGAGCACGGCUGCCUGCUGAACUUCCUCAGGCAGCGGCGGGGCAGCUUCAGUCUGGGGUCUUUGCUGAGUAUCUGCCUGGACGUCAGCGAGGGCAUGGAGCACCUGGAGGCCAACGGCUUCCUCCACAGAGAUCUGGCUUCCAGAAACUGUCUGGUGAACGACUCUCUGGUGGUGAAGGUGUCCGACUUUGGCAUGACCAGAUACGUGUUAGACGACCAGUACACCAGCUCAUUGGGGGCCAAGUUUCCAGUGAAGUGGUCGCCUCCUGAAGUCUUUAACUUCUGCAAAUACAGCAGCAAGUCAGACGUCUGGUCCUACGGUGUGUUGAUGUGGGAGGUUUUCACUGAGGGUCGCAUGCCGUUUGAGCAGAAUCAGAACCACGAGGUGGUUACUUUGGUAACCAGGGGUCACCGACUGUACAGGCCCAAAAUGGCCCCGACCGCCAUCUAUGACAUCAUGCAGCUCAGCUGGCUGGAGACACCUGGCGAUCGUCCGUCGUUCUCUCAGCUCUGCCUGAUGAUCUCAGACGCUCUGGAGAGCGAAACCCCUCCCCCAAACUGAUCAACUGACCAAUCGGCUGCUUCCGCCAUCCCCACGCCAAUCCCGUUGGCGGCCACGUUGGCCCCUAAAUCCUGGUCCGCGGAAACCCUGCCAUUCUUCAGGGUGCUAUGGCGGUAACGUGUCCAAUCUACAACAUGGAGAACAUAGUGUGAUGGUACUUGCACCAAUCAGACGGAGGGGAUGGACCAAUCACACCAGCUGCAGUCCACUCAUCCAUCAAUCACAUUUGUUCAUCCAAUCAAGAUGCCAGUGCUCCUAGAAGCUUGAACUGAAGCUGCGUUCAACAACACAAACUGCUGCACAUGUUGUACUUUAAGGACUGGCCGCUGUUUCUUUGUUUGAUUCUACUGUGUGUGAAAUGUAACUUCCGGGAAAAUCUGACUUCAUGUUAUUCAAAUGGCAUUAAUGUUAAAAGUGCCGAACGGAUGCGUGAUUUUGGAUGUCUUGCAACACAUUGCUGCCUCUCACUCAAAAAGAACAUUUGAGAAAACAUGAAUAAAACGAUGACGUAAA